GGCGCAGGGUUCCAUACUGGCGACAUAUAAUUGAGCAGCUGAGGUGUGCAUGGAGCACUUCCAUUUCUCUUCUCCUUCGCCUUUUUGGAGAGUGACGUUCUACUCUCCGCCAACUUACUUUUAUUCAGUUCGCCGCGCUGCACCUUUGUUCAUUUUGUUUCUUCCUUUCUAUUUCUGAAGAUGCAGCACUUGACCUUUAUAUCCAUUCUUCUUGCCUUUCUUUCCCUCGUCCAUUCUGCGACGAGUAUGCCCAUGCAGCGCGCAACAUACAACAACCCAAUCGUGGCGGGAGUGGCCGCCGACCCGUGGAUAAUCAAGCACGGCGACGACUACUACCUCACCUUCACGACGGGCACAGACGUGCAGCUCCGCAAGUCAUCGAACCUCGCCGAGAUCAAUGUGAAGCCGACGACGGUGUACACCCCGCCCAAGGGUGGGAACCUCAGCGCCGUCUGGGCGCCGGAGCUGCACUACAUCGGCGGAAAGUGGUACAUCUACGUCGCGAUGGUCGAGGGCAGCGACGCGAACAACCACCACAUGUACGUUUUGGAGGGAAAGAGCCAGGAGCCGCUUGAUGGAUUCGACUUCGUUGGUGAGGUCGGAACCCCAGACAAUAACUGGGCGAUCGACGGCACUAUCUUCCAGUACACCAACGGCGACCUGUACUUCAUCUGGUCCGGCUGGGCGAAUACCACCGACAAGCUCUGGCAGAGCCUCUACAUCGCCAAGAUGGACUCCCCGACGAAGAUCACGAGCGAGCGCGUCCUCUUGCACCAGCCAAUCCCGAAGUGGCAACAGACCGUCGACGGCGGCGCGGUCCGCGGCAUCAACGAAGGCCCUGAGAUCCUAGUCCACAACAACAGGACGUUCUUGAUCUACUCCGUUGCUGCGAGCUGGACAGAAGACUACAGCCUUGCCAUGAUGGGCAUCGACGGCGGCAAGGACCCUCGUACGUCCCACCCGCCCGCAGUGUCACGUCUGGACUCACGGAUCCGCACAGUUGACGCGAGCAACUGGUGGACGCUCGACUCGCGCCCUGUGUUCUCGAAGUCGAAGGCGGCGUUCGGCCCCGGCCACGCAAGCUUCACGUACGACCACGACGGCACGCCGUACAUCGUCUACCACGCCAUGGCGAACGCGACGGCGGGCUGGAACGGCCGCACGAUCCGCGCGCAGAGCUUCGGCUGGAACAAGGAUGGCUCGCCCGCCUUUUCGAGCCCCGUAGGUCUCACCACGGAGCUGAAGCUGCCAGCGUAAGGGCAGGGAUGUAAACGGGCCGGAUCUCGCGACAACGUACGUAGUACGCAUGUAAUGACGGACGCUGUAUUCGCGCUGUACCCUACAUAAUUCACUUAUUACCUCGUUAGCAAGACCGUCUUGACCGAGCUC